AUGAACGACUUUUUGGUCAGGUGCUUUCAGAGGUCAAACAUACCCACGAUUAAAGAACCCACGGGUCUUAUGGAGGAAGGUAGUCUCAGGCCCGAUGGGUAUACUAUUUCACCAUGGGCGCAGGGACGUUCCCUUGCUUGGGAUGUUACGUUCCCUCACACCAUGCCUGAAAGAAAUUUUAUUUUCUCCUCCAACGGGGGUAGUGAUGUUCCAGUGGAGGCGCCGAAGACUGGAGCUUUUAAAGACCUGUCUGAAAAUGCUGACACUCACGCGGUGCUGAACUGUUUGCUUCAACAUGUUAAAGGUUGUAAUUUUAUACUAAUUUUUUUGGCUAAAUUGCCCGGAUUCUUCUAUAAGUUUCACAACAUAGCAUUGAAUGCGGAGAAGAGCGCAAUCUUCUUGCCACUGAUACUUCUCACAAUGUUUAACAACACCGUUCCCAGACCUUUGGUUGAACUCUAUGAAACUUAUGUAAAUGGAAAUGAACUACUUGUAGAAAUCAGUGAUUGCAUUGUUGCUGAAACCUGA